GGAGAGGGUGAGUGAGGAAAAAGCAGAGAGGGAGAGUGUGUGGAUAUAUGCGCGCGCGCGCGCGCGUGUGUGUGUGUGCGCGUUUUGAUGUUAUUUGUGACGGAAUCCCCCCUUCAGUCUCCAAGAAUCCGCGAGCGGCGCAAGGAGGAGGAGGAGGACAGGAGAGGAGGAGGAGGAGGCGCGCGGACCUGUCCACGAGCCCUCACUGCGGAACGCGCGGGGCUGCCGCUGGAGAUUCCAAACCAACGGUUAUUUUGGAUUGUGGAGUCUGACUGAUCCCCGCACCUCCACGGCUUCCUUCUUCCCCCUUUCCCCAGAGUCUGUCUCCGCCGCUGAAUGGACUGUGUUUGACAUCUUCACCGAGAGGAAUACUACCUAUCUACCGGGGGGUGAGGUGCUGGUGGAGGGGGGGAGGUCUUCAGAGGCAGACAGGUGGAUUUAUCCGUGUGGUGGUGUGUGUUUUUUGGAGGAGACUGGAUGGAGGAGAAAUUGAUGGAUUAAUUUGACGGAGGAGAGUCGUAUGUGAUUCCCACUCCUGCCGAGGGCACCCGAAUGGAGUAACAGGCUGCAAUGUCAUCUCCACCUGGCCGCCUGGAGAGAUGUGUCACGGGAAUGGGAUCAAGUUUGAACACUUUUCCUCUGGUUUCACUGACGCUGUGAGAAGGAACCAAAAUGCCAGUAAGCGGACAGGUCACGGUGGCUGCCUGCACGGGCCCUCAGACCACGGCAGUAAAACUCAACAUUCAUCGCACGGACUCCGAAGAAGAAGGCGCAAAAGCUCCGCGACCGCAAACCUGCAGCAGCCACGCUUUGUGACACCGAAGGGUAUGAUGGGUGUAGUGGGCUGGAUGUUGCUCCUACUCUCCCAGAUGAUGGUGCCUGUGGCGUCCCAGAAGCCUCCAGGUCUCAGUGUGGGUGUGAUCAUGGGCCAGACGCGCCACAUUUCUGAUCAGGAGCUCCGCCCACCUCGGCGCCCUGAUGAUGCCCUUGACGUCUCUGUGGUGAUACUGAGGGUCAACCAGACAGACCCUAAGUCUGUGAUUACACAGGUGUGUGAGCUUCUGUCUCGCACUCGUCUCCAUGGCCUUGUGUUUGCCGAUGGCACCGAUCAGGAGGCCAUUGCCCAGAUCCUUGACUUCCUCUCCGUUCAGACGCAACUUCCAGUCCUGGGAGUCCACGGAGGCUCCUCUAUGAUUAUGGCUGACAAGGAUGAGAAGUCCACGUUCUUCCAGUUCGGCGCGGCUCUGCAGCAGGAGGCUCUGCUCAUGCUUGCCAUCAUGGAGGAGUAUGACUGGCAUGUUUUUUCUAUCGUCACUUCCAAGUUCCCCGGGUACCAGGAUUUCAUCAGCACACUGAAGACAACUGUGGAUCACAGCUUUGUGCGCUGGGACCUGCAGAGUGUGGUGACUCUAGAUGCUGUAGAUGGCGACCCAAACUCUAAAUCACACAUUGCCCUCAAGAGAAUCCAGAGUCCCGUUAUACUGCUGUACUGCUCCAAGGAUGAGGCUCUGUAUAUACUCGAAGAGGCUCGAUCCUUGGGCCUGAUAGGAGCUGGUUACAUUUGGAUUGUGUCCAGUCUCACCACUGGGAACCCAGACUUUACCCCCGAGAUGUUCCCUCUGGGUAUGAUCUCCGUGUCCUAUGACGACUGGGAGUACCCACUAGACACGAGGGUGAGGGAUGGGGUGGGCAUCAUUUCCUCUGCAGCCACCUCCAUGCUGCGGGAGAAGGGGGAGCUGCCAGAGGCCCAGAGCAGCUGCUACAGCACAGCGUCAGACAGGAGCCCGGGGAAGCUCCCACCCAGCGCCCUGCGCAGACACAUGAUGCAUGUAUGGAAUGAAGGGCGCGACUUAUCCUUUACUCCAGAUGGUUACCAGGCCAACCCCAAAUUGGUUGUCAUCGUCCUAAAUAGUGAAAGGAAGUGGGAGAAGAUGGGCCGUUGGGAGAACGGGACGCUGGGGUUGAUGUUUCCAGUGUGGCCGAGGUAUAACUCUUACGGGGAUGAGGAUGCAGAUGAAAACCACCUCUCAAUCGUCACCCUGGAGGAGAAACCUUUUGUCAUUGUUGACAAUGUGGACAUCCUCACCGGCACCUGCAUGAGAAACUCUGUGCCCUGCCGCAAGCAUGUCAAAGAUAACACCACAUCAGGAGGUUCUUACAUCAAGCAGUGCUGCAAAGGUUUCUGCAUUGACAUUCUGAAGAAGAUAGCAAGGAACGUCAAGUUCACUUAUGACCUCUACCUGGUCACAAAUGGAAAACAUGGCAAGAAGAUCAACAAUGUGUGGAACGGCAUGGUUGGAGAGGUGGUGUACAAGAAGGCGGUGAUGGCGGUCGGCUCAUUGACCAUCAAUGAGGAGAGGUCAGAAGUCAUUGACUUCUCUGUGCCCUUUGUGGAAACUGGCAUCAGCGUCAUGGUGUCACGUAGCAACGGGACCGUCUCUCCUUCUGCCUUCCUCGAGCCCUUCAGCGCAUCAGUUUGGGUGAUGAUGUUUGUGAUGCUGCUCAUUGUCACAGCCAUCGCCGUCUUCCUCUUUGAGUUUGUCAGUCCGCUGGGCUUCAACCGUAACUUGGCCCAAGGCAAAGAACCACAUGGUCCAUCAUUCACCAUCGGUAAGGCCAUAUGGCUGCUGUGGGGUCUGGUGUUCAACAACUCUGUACCCGUGCAGAAUCCAAAGGGCACCACCAGUAAGUUCAUCGUAUCAGUGUGGGCCUUCUUCGCCGUCAUCUUCCUGGCCUCCUACACUGCCAACCUGGCUGCCUUCAUGAUCCAGGAAGAGUUUGUGGACCAAGUCACUGGACUGUCUGACAAGAAGUUCCAGAGUCCGUACUCCUAUUCCCCUCCGUUUCGCUUCGGGACGGUUCCCAACGGCAGCACCGAACGCAACAUCAGGAAGAACUAUCCAGAUAUGCAUCAGUACAUGACCAAAUACCAUCAGACUGGCGUCCAGGAUGCGCUGGUCAGCCUCAAGACUGGAAAGCUGGACGCUUUCAUUUAUGACGCUGCUGUGCUGAACUACAUGGCGGGUAGAGACGACGGCUGUAAGCUGGUUACCAUCGGCAGCGGUUACAUCUUUGCCACCACAGGUUACGGUAUCGCCUUGCAGAAGGGAUCCUACUGGAAACGCCUGGUUGAUCUGGCCAUACUGGGCAUCAUAGGAGAUGGUGAGAUGGAGGAGCUGGAGGCCCAGUGGCUGACUGGGAUCUGCCACAACGAGAAGAACGAGGUGAUGUCCAGUCAGCUGGACAUAGACAAUAUGGCGGGUGUCUUCUACAUGUUGGCCACAGCCAUGGGACUCAGUAUCCUCACCUUCAUCUCUGAACACCUUUUCUACUGGAGGUUGAGAUACUGCUUCACCGGUGUCUGCAGUGGGAGGCCGGGUCUGCUCUUCACUAUCAGCAGGGGUAUAUGGAGCUGUAUCCAUGGUGUUCAUAUAGAUAUGAAGAAAAAGAAUCCUGAGCUAGACUUUAGUCCCCAAGCCAACAUGCUGCAUCUGCUCAAGUCUGCCAAGUCCAUGGCUUUGUCUUCUCCCAAACGCAACACUGUUCUUCUGCAGCCCAGCAUUCUCGAUGUGAUGACAGGAAAAGGUAACUCACUCCAUAGUCUGCCCCCGAAGGGUCCUGGUCUCUAUAGCAACGCCGCCGGUCCGCACAGUUUCUUGUCAUUGUCCGGGCGACACAAAAACCUCCUUAACAAUGCUGCACCAUUUCCCGUGCAACCAAAAGCCCCCCCUCUUCAGACCAGCCCCAACAAGCCCCAGCUGUCAAUCACCAAUGACAACGGCAAGACCCGCCUCGCCGGGCCGGCCCUCGCUGCUGUUCCUCAAGGCUCGAAACCUCGAGCCCUUUGGAAGAAAAGUGUGGAGACGUUGAAGACCCAGCCUUCUGUCGUAUCACCAGGCCCCAGCCCCACCCCAGCAUCUGGACCUGGACCUCCAACCAUGAAGAGUCAGCGCUACCUGCCCGAAGAGCCGCCACACUCUGACAUCUCAGAGUGCUCCAGCCGUCCACCAUCACACAAAGAUUCUGAUUCCAUGGCGGCGAGGGGCGGAUUCAAGCCAAUCAAUCAGCUGAGGAAGAGGGGAGGGGGAGGAGGAGGUGGUGGUAGUGGAGGAGGAGGAGGAGGAGGAGGGGGAGGAGGGGGAGGAGGGGGAGGAGGAGGUGGCGGUGGAGGGUCCAAGAUCUAUUCCAUUGACUCAGACCAGGCCAGUCUCCAGUCCGCUCCCCCCUACCAGCGAGACAGCCAGGGGGGAGGUGAGGACAUCAACUACCCCCCUGACCUGUUUCCACCUAACAGCACAUACUCACACACUCACACACUCUCGCACCAAGCGGACGCACCCAUUUUGCAGCUGAGUGCCAGCUUGCUGCACCACAGUCACAGCGCAGAGGCCGACCUGCACUCUCUGAAGGACAAGAAAUACAGCACCUACACACACAGCAGUGUGAAGGACAAAGCUGGAGGAUCGUUCGAUGCUCCAGGUGCAGGACAGGGGACACAAAGCGCCAGGGCCAGCCACUGUCGCUCCUGCCUGACUAAGCUGAGUGGUUACUCUGGCCUUUACACUGUCCGGACGCCACAGGCUCGCUGUGAUGCCUGCGCCCACCUGGGAAACCUGUACGACAUCAGCGAAGACCACCUGCACUCCCACUACGCCCACACACACACUCAUCCACACAGCGGGGACAUGUUUACACACUACCUUCCCCAGAGCGAGCUGGGCAUGGUGGGCGAAGGGGACGGGCUAGUCAGCCACUUCGAGCCCUCCCCUUCCUCUCCAUCUCCUCUCCCCACCCCCUCGUCGGCCCAGCACCUUCAGCUGAGUCGUCAGCACUCCUACGAGAACGUGCUUCCGGACGGCGUUCCUGAGCGGCAGACACAGCUGCACGCCCACCUGCGGGGGCUGAGUCUGCCAGACAGAGAUAGGGAUAGGGAGCUGACCCUGGACGAGGGCGCCUAUGCUAAUGUUCUCACAAUGCGCUCUGAUCGUCCAUUCAGCAGCCGCAGCCCCCCCUCUCCGUCACCCUCCCACCACCACAGUCUGGACGCCCCUAUGCCCCUCCCCCGGCGCUCGAAGAGUCUCUUCCCCGAUCGCCCGUCUCACAAUCCUUUCCUCCAAUCAGCUCCUGGCACGGCACAACGAGAUCCCUCCCCUCAGUCUGUCACACGCAUGCCACAGAGAAGUUCUGCCCACGAGCUCUAUAAGCAGCGAAUGCCGCUGUCGCUUACCCUCGGUAACCAUGGCAGCCAUCACAACAACCAGCAUGGCGGCCUUGUCGACCAACAGGUGUUCUACCCUCAGCAGGAGCCCCCUGUGGUGGCCUACAUGGUCCCACCUGCCGCCUCUCAGCCAAUGAGCUAUGUGACAGCGCCGCGAGCCUCGAGCGCAGGCGGCAACAGGCCCCGGCUCUACCGCCGCAUGCCCAGUAUCGAGUCUGACGUCUGAGAGUCACACGCAACACACUUACUCUCACUGAAACACACUAACACACACGCAUGCAAGACAGAGGUGUGUGUGACUGGACCAGGCAGCUCUGAUUCUAAGCACAUACACAGGAACACACAGACACACACGCACAGGUGAAAGACGGGAAGGUCUGCUCUGGACUCAAAGGUUAAUGGCGAUGCCGAGUAAAUAAAUCAUUGUUUCUUUAUCACACCCUCUAUAGGGCAGGGUUGGGGCCACAGGGACACCUGGAGGCACAAUACGAGAUGAAGAGUGUGUGUGAGUGUCAGUGUGUGUACUAGCCUCAAGCUGUGGGCAACGAGGCACAAACUGACAAUACGUCUGACAAGACAGAUCGAAUCCCUGGUGGAAUAUGAGGGACACUGUACACGGAGUCUAACGCCAACAGUGGGAUCUGACAGAGGAUAGAUUUAACCGUGUGUUUGGAAGAUGAGCCGACUUGUCCCGCCCUCUCACCAGCUUCUUGGAGACGAAGGGGACACACAGAAAAACCCCUUUCUUUCUGAGAUUACACACACACACACUUACACACACAUAAUUUUGCUUAACAAACCCGCCCCUCUCCAGGACUCUCCUGUUGCACUAUGAUUUCUACAGUCAACCCGUAUGUUGUCUGAGCCUCCAAACUGCACUGCCAGCAUGGCUUAAAGAGUAGUAAACUACACUAGAGUAAUCUUGACUUGAAUGGAAAUUACUAUCUUUGUAAUAGACUAGACUGGAAGGCGGGCAGCUGGUCAGGACACAGGUCUGAGACGUGUAUCAGCUCCUGCCCGCAGAUGUACAAACACUUGAACACACACAUGCACACUGUGUCUGUAUUUAGGGGUGGGAGAGUAAAAACUACCGACUGUUUGUUAUUGUUGAUGUCAGUUAAUUGAACAUUCCAAAAAGUGGACCAAACGUGGCCGCCUAUCAGGACGAGAGUGUGUGUUCUAGUGUUUCUAGAUCUAGAGACAAACAGUAUAGCAUCCUUGCUUCCUCUCUUAGCUAGCCUUCAGGUCAUACUGCAUGCUUCCUACUGCCCUGUGUUACAGUUAAACUCCUAUACAGGGUCAUAUAUGCACACACACGCAGACACAUAUAUGCACAUACACACACACACACGCACAUACGCAGUAGUCUAGGAUAGUAGUUUAGGGUGGGUGUGUGUGUCGAAGCUAUGAGAUAGCUUCUCUUUGUGCACUUUGUAGAUUUUAUACCCUGCCACCUAACACAAGACGUUUGACCAAAAACACUUUUAUACUGAAAAAUAUGAAUAUUCUCAAUCAUUCGCUGGAUAGAUGUCUUCUUUUCUCUUAUUUCUCUUUGACAUUGGGUUUUAGGGCACCGUUAAGUUUCCAUUGUGAGGUCAGAAGUUUUAUCAGUGUUAGAUAAUGGGUACAGCAUCAUACAGUAUACACAACAACAACUCUUAAUCUUUCUCUUCUUAUUUUUUUAAAACUUUUACUGUGCUCAUCCCUCCUUCUAGCCUCCCCCCUCUUCCUUCAUCUGCUUUGGUUUAUUCUCUUAAUUACUCCUUUGUCUUUUUGCUGCCUUCCCUGCUUCCUAUUAUUAUAGAGUAGAUUGAGUAUCAGAAGAAUAAAGUUCAGUCGUGGUGUUUAAAACUCAACAUAUUGCUGGAGAUCACUUUAUAUCAGUAGUCGUAAGAAUUCCUCAAAUUCAACACAGGCUCUCGUAGGAUACAGUGCUCUUUUUUUUUCCUAAUAGGUUUUUAUGUUGAACAAAAGAUCUCGAGGCCCGUUUUUUAAUGUUUCCGUAGUGAAUUUAGAGGCUGAGUGCAUCACUGUUGCAGAUUUACUCAUCAAAUUAAUACUCCUGGACGAGCGUCAGAGCGGCUGGUACUUGUGUGGCUCUCUCUUGGCGAGAACACAGCGCAGUGUUUCAGCAGAGAGAGUCACGUGGCAAAGCAGAGAGUUUGCAAAGUGACUCGUUACAGAGGCAACACUCACACACACACAAACACACACACACACACACACACACACACACACAUACUCGACGAGCUGGCAAUGUGUGUAUGAGUGUUCUAGAAAUCCAUAAUCUACUGAGUAAGGGCAUUGAUUUUUGAGCACAAGGAUUUUGAUGGAAAAAAGACUUGAUAUCCCAUUAGCUGAACGUCUGUCUCUAUUCUCUUUCUUUCUCUUCUCUUCUCUCUCUCUCUCUCUCUCUCUCACACACACACACACACACACACAUAUAUCUAUAUAUAUUGGCUGCAAAGAAUGCAAGAAAGUCUGAACAAAAAACACACCUUUUGAAUGGUGAGCGCUGCCCCAUUUUUGGUAAUCUUAACAGGUUUGGUGUGUGAGUUAUAUGCACAAUAUCAGGUUGCAAUAUUAUACUUCUGUACAGAGAAAUCUUUGUUUUAAAUGUUAGAAACUGAUUUCAUUUGUUUGAUUUGAAUGGUAUUAAGUGUUGAAUUCAUUUCAAUAACAAUGUGGCUUUUAAUUCUGCUUCUUUAAGAAAAAAAAAAAGACUGGCAUGUUUUUAGAUUCUUGUGUGAUUUAUUUUUUUCUCCUCUGGUGUGUUGUUGGUUGGGACCUCACUGUACAGUCCUCACUGCUGGGUUGACUAUCGCGGGAAGCUAACCAGUUAACUAGCAACACGUAGCUGGGUCUCUCAUCUGAAUCACACUCAAUGAAUAAUGAUAGUCCAGCCUGUGUGGUUAAUACGAACCCUCUCCCACCCACAUAGUUCUCUUCCACUACGAGUCUGUGCUGUUUCACCUCUCAGUGUGUGUGUGUGUGUGUGUGUGUGUGUGUUUUAAACAGUGCAGGCAUUUAUAUAAGACAGAGGAUUACAUGUGUGUCAAGAGGUUGUUUGUGGUGUGUGUGUGUGUGUGUGUGUGUGUGUGUGUACUUUUCUGUACUCUCUUCGGUUCGUCCCACACAUCACAUUUGACCCGGCUCUUACUCAUAUAACACAAAUACAGUUUCACACACACAGGCAAACACACACACACACAUGCACACACACAUGUUGCGUCUGUACUGUUGUGGUGAAGAGAGCAUGUAGAAUGAGUUUUGUACGUCCACCAUCACACAGAUUUUUACACCAACCUUUUGUUUGAUUUUUUUUGAUUUUUUAAAUUGCAUGACGUGCUUGUGUUUCUGGUGGUACCUAUUUUGCUGCAACACCUGAGUUCUCCCUGAGUUGACCGACCGAGGCUACACAUACCAACGUUCCCCUCCACCCUGGUUAGUGCGCCACAUCUGACUGGAGCCCUGGACAGUUAAGCACUCCGACUUCCGGUACGCGAUGUCACUAAUAUGGCACCCAGCUGGCUACUGCACAAUGCCAGCUGAGCCAGUCGAGGAACAUGUGGGAAAUGUUCCCAGGGUCAGCACAGGUCUUAGUUUGGUCCGGGUGUACACAUAUUAAAUACAGUACUGGGUGGAAGGAGUACGUUGGUGUGUAGUCCUCCGGGUCUCCCUGCCGUGUAUCUCACUUGUGUAUAAGUUCAGGGGUUUCUAAGCUACUAGUUGUGUUGUAAAUACUACCUUGUCACUCAGUACCUCUGUACAAUCUGUAAAUAAGUAAAGGUUACAUUUUUCUACUUGUC